AUGACCCGUGGGCCCGAUUCUCGGCCCCAUGAAUUCAAGGUCGACUUGGAAUUCUCGCAGAUCCUUUUUAGAUCGACGUCGCCCGUGCGUCAGAACCUUACCGUCUCUCUGUUGGAGCUUUGUGUGCUGGUCUUCGCUCUCACGGCAACCAUCACCUACGGCAUUUACGAGAACAAGCUCAAGGGCUUCCAGAUAGCUAAAAUCACCGAGGCCACCGUUCCCGGUGGCAUCCUUAUCAUCGACGGCCACUUCGACGAGGCCUAG